UGCGCUAAUUAUAGCCGGUGGUGUCAGCCGCUCCCGGGACUCCCCUCGCUGCCUGCCGGGGCUGCCGAGCUCCCGUCGGGCUCCUCCCAGGGCUCUUGGGCCGCCUUGGGGAAAGCUGUCAAGCUGAACCUGUUACUCGGGGGCUGUGAAGGAAACGGGAGUGCUCCAAGGCAGUACCAGCUCCACUGCGUGUGGCCCUGGAGGAAACCUGAGCAUAGCCUUGGCUCCUGGUGAUUGUUGUGUUGCAGCUCGCCCAAAGGCUCAAGGUUGUGAGAAAGCCUGUGUGAUGCUCUCACUGCCCUGAUGAAGUGCCUGUGGUCUUGCAGCAAGGCCUCUGAUGUGGGAAAUUUUAGUCUGCAAAUCAUCUCCAGGCAGGGGGUCUGAUAGGGGCUAGGCAGACAAGACAGUCUAAACAGAUAUUUCUGUCAUUCCAGACCAGGUUCCAGGUUAUUUCGUCUCCCCUCCAUGAGGAACAGGUCAGUGGGCGCUGAGGUUUAGUGAGCUAAUGGGAAACACUUGUUCAGUUCGGUGCACAUCUGAGCCAACACAUCUCUGGACUUUGACCCACAAGCUCAGGAUCACGUUGGUCUCACUUCUGGCUGAAUAUGAGCUGCUCCUUCCAGCUCCAACCACAGCCUCUCAUUUUUACCUUUUCCUUCAACAAAACAUAAUGCAGUUUUGCAGUUUUGACUGUGUGUCCAUGACAAGAGUGAUGUGUUCAAAAGGAGGGUCAACAAGUCCUUCUCACGUCCAGCUGCUUUGCCUGAGGAAGGAAAACCAUCAGCUGCCCUGCUGACAUGGAGGCUGGGUGCUGUAGGAGGGGUCUUUGGAAACCAGCCACGACUGCCAGGUAUGAGAGCACUGUGCAGGUUGGCAAACUGCAGGACCUCAUCAACCGGAGUAAGAUGGCCAGGUGUAGAGGACGUUUUGUUUGCCCAGUCAUUCUGUACAAGGGAAAGCAUAUUUGCAGAUCAGCAACACUGGCUGGCUGGGGAGAGCUCUAUGGGCGCACUGGCUACAACUAUAUCUUCUCUGGAGGUUCUGAUGAUGCUUGGGCAGAUGCAGAAGACAUUUCCGAGGAAGACUCUGCGCUUAGAAAUGCAGACUCCCAGCUGUUUGAUAAGGUCAGAGGGCACGACAUCAAGCUGCUUCGAUACCUGUCUGUCCGAUACAUCUGUGACCUGAUGGUGGAAAACAAGAAGGUGAAAUUUGGCUUGAAUGUGACGUCUUCUGAGAAGGUGGACAAAGCUCAACGUUAUGCUGAUUUCACACUUCUCUCCAUCCCAUAUCCAGGCUGUGAAUUUUUUAAGGACUACAAAGACCGGGAUUAUACAGCUGAAGGUCUCAUAUUUAACUGGAAACAGGACUAUGUAGAUGCUCCAUUAAAUAUCCCAGUCUCUCUGACCCAAUCUCUGAAUAUUGAUUGGAGCGAGUACCAGAGCUGGGACCUUGUACAGCAGACACAGAACUACCUGAAGCUGCUGAUCUCCAUUAUCAAUAGUGACGAUGACAGCGGGCUCCUGGUGCACUGUAUAUCCGGCUGGGAUCGAACGCCUCUCUUCAUCUCCUUAUUGCGCCUCUCCUUAUGGGCUGAUGGGCUGAUCCACACGUCCCUGGAGCCAUCUGAGAUUCUCUACCUGACAGUGGCCUAUGACUGGUUUCUCUUUGGGCACAUGUUAGUCGAUCGACUCAGUAAAGGAGAAGAGAUUUUCUUUUUCUGCUUCAAUUUUCUGAAGCACAUCACCUCUGAGGAGUUCUCUGCUCUGAAGUCACAGAGAAGGAAGAGUUUGCCACCUGGCUUCACCCUGGAAGAGAUCUGCAUGCUCAAGCAGAAAGACCGAGGCAGCACCACAAGCCUGAGCAGUGACUUCUCCCUGGGGAUGGAAAGUUCCCCUGGAGCAGCUGGGAGCUUUACCUAUGAAGCAGUGGAGCUGAUGCCAGCAGGAGCACAGACUCAAGCAGCAUGGAGGAAGAGCUGUGCAUCGUCACCGCAAGCCGUGCUCUGGAGCAGAGCACAGCAGUCUGAAGACAGGCUGCCUUCCACAGGGAUGGUUGAAGUCAAGUCCUCCAGCUCCUCCUCAUCAACCCAUUCUGAUAACUUCCUGAGGAUUGGAAGCAGCCCACUAGAAGUGCCCAGAUCCAGAUCGGCCGACCAUUCUCUGCCUGGAUCUUCCGUUUCCACAGACUUUGGCAGCUGGCAGAUGGUGACAGGGUGUGGCAGUAUUCGGGAGCAGGCAAUCCUGAACGCAGACGCCUCUCUCCCUUGCAGCUUCCCGGAUGAGUUCUCUAACACUUGCCUACUGGUGUCAGCGAGUGACCGUGAGUCUCGUCUGGAGGAAGUGCGUUCUGCCUUUCUGGCAAGCUACAGCCGGACCAUCGGCCUAAAGGCCGUGCCCCCCAGCCCCUCUGGGGCCAUCGGUGGCCUCCUCGAGCAGUUUGUGCGGGGCGUGGGACUGAGAGGCAGCAGCACCCUCUGAACACAGCGUUCCCAGACCACUGCCUGGAAAACUGGGGCUGGCAUGUCCCCCAGCAGAGUCCUGGGACCCUCUUCUUGGUGCGGGCACCUGCUGCACCCAGCGCCUGCCGCCAGCCCCCCCUGCCUGGGGCCUGGGGGUGCGGGGUCUUCGGCGAGUCUGCAGUAAAUGACCCGAGCUGUGCCCUC